UGCGGGCCUACAGCCAUUAACACUUUCAGUUGGAGCACGGACAGAGAAGAAUCGGGCCUUGACGUUGGCCGGAUGGUUAAAUCCAACCUCCAGACGAUCCUGAAUAGCCACUGUUUUGUCAGAGAAAAAGAGAGCAAUAUAUCCAAGAUGCCAGUAAUCGAAAUGACCCGUAAUAAACCCGAGAGUGAAAGUUCCCAUCGCUGCAGUAACCCGUGUCCGGGGCCUCUGUGGUGUUCCGAUGUCCCUCUCCCACCCCUGAAGAUCCCAGGUGGGCGAGGGAAUGAUCAGCGGGAUCACAGUCUUUCAGCUAAGCUAUUCUAUUCUGAUGCUCAGUUACUGGUUCUUGAGGAAGCCCCUCAGUUGAACAGCCGUGUACGUUUUUUGCUCUUUGAACGGCGCUGCUCUGUGAGCAAGCACUUAGUCUGGAGGGGGGCACUGAAGGGGGCAAACCUUUACAUCGAAAUCCCCACUGGUGUCCUCCCGGAAGGGAGCAAAGAUAGUUUUUCACUCUUACUGGAGUUUGCAGAGGAGAAGUUACAGGUUGAUCACGUUUUCAUCUGCUUCCAUAAGAGCCGAGAUGACAGAGCAUCGCUGCUGCGGACGUUCAGUUUCAUGGGCUUUGAGAUUGUGAGACCGGGUCAUCCCCUCGUCCCAACCCGCCCCGACGCUUUCUUCAUGGCUUACAGCAUCGAAAGAGACUCCGAUAGUGACGAAUAAAGCUUAUCAAUCACAUUUUGCUUCUAAUUACUAUGCUGUAUCUCACUCAACAUGGUCACCAUUAAAAGAAACAUAGUAUGAAUGUGUCAAAUUGACUUUUUUUUCAUGUUAAUUACUACGUUGUAGUUCUUGUAACUAGUCGUAUUUGCACUAGUGUAAACCAAAUUUCUACAGUGACCAUUAGUUUUUAAGCCAUUACCGCUGGGCUUAACUUCCAAUGUAAUUGGAUUCUUUGCUGAUUCCCCUUCACCCAUUCCCACACUGAUCGUUUUUAGUGCAUAAUAUUUAUGGUUAAGAUCCCUCAAGCAACGAUGUUUGUAUAAUCAUGAUUUUCAUUGCUGAUAUGUUGAUUUCUUUUUACUGAUGCCAUCAAGUUGUUGUGUUUUCUUUCUUAAUGUGUGCAUGAAUUGGAGUUUUUAGUUAUGACUUCAAUAGGCUCUGUCUGCAUGUUUGACAGUGUGCAGAAUAAAAAUGCUCACCCUAUACCACUA